GCCGUGGCAACGCGCUGGCAGCGUCGCGUGCUGGUGUUUACUGCAAGAUGGAAAGGAAGAUGGAGGACACCAUCAGAGACCCCGAUGCUGGCAAUGAAGCAGGAGGUGAAGAUGCUUUAGUUGGCAAUGUUAACAAGCUACUCGUCAUUCCACAAGGAUACACAGGAGCUCCACAGAAGGGUCAUCUCAUCUUUGAUGCCUGCUUUGAAAGCGGCAACCUUGGUCGUGUGGACUACAUCAGCGAGUUUGAAUUUGACCUGUUCAUCAGACCAGACACUUGCAACCCGCGCUUCAGAGUGUGGUUUAACUUCACAGUGGAGAAUGUGCGUGAAACACAGAGAGUUAUUUUCAACAUUGUCAACUUCAGCAAGACCAAGAGCUUGUACAGGGAUGGAAUGUCUCCAGUGGUCAAGUCCAGCAGUCGACCCAAAUGGCAAAGGCUCCCUGCCAAGAACGUGUACUACUACCGGUGCCCUGACCACCGCCGGAACUACGUGAUGUCCUUCGCCUUCUGCUUUGACCGGGAGGACGACGUGUACCAGUUCGCCUACUGCUUCCCCUACACCUACUCGCGCCUGCAGCACUACCUGAGCAGCCUGGAGCGCAGGAACCUGGACUACCUGCAGAGGGAGCAGCUGGGUGUCAGCGUGCAACAACGACGUCUCGACCUUCUGACUAUCACUAAUCCUGCCCACCUGAAGCCAGGAGUCGAGAAGAAGGUGGUCUUCCUCACGGCCCGUGUGCAUCCCGGGGAGUCGCCCGCCUCCUUCGUCUGCCAAGGUGUCAUCGACUUCCUAGUCAGCCAACACCCUGUGGCACAAGUCCUGCGCGACCAUGUGGUCUUCAAGAUUGUCCCCAUGCUCAAUCCCGACGGCGUCUACUUGGGCAACUACAGGUGCUCUCUGAUGGGCUUUGACCUCAACCGCCACUGGCAGGACCCCUCCCCCUGGGCACAUCCCACUCUGCACGCGGUCAAGCAGCUCAUCGUCCACAUGAACCAGGACCCCAAGGUGAGUCUGGAAUUCUACAUCGAUGUGCACGCCCACUCCACCAUGAUGAAUGGCUUCAUGUAUGGGAACGUGUUUGAGGACGAGGAGCGCGUCCAGCGGCAGGCCGUCUUCCCCCGCCUGCUUUGCCACAACGCGCCCGACUUCUCUUUCUCCAACACAUCCUUCAACCGGGACGUGGUGAAGGCAGGCACGGGCAGGCGCUUCCUAGGAGGCCUACUGGACCACACAUCCUACUGCUACACGCUGGAGGUCUCCUUCUACAGCUACGUGGCAGGGGGUGGCGGUGGGCCCGUGCCCUACACCGAGGAGUCCUACAUGAAGCUGGGAAGAAACGUGGCCCGGACCUUUUUGGAUUACUACAAACUUAACAAUUUAAUUGACAGUAACAUGCUAGCAGGUCAGGGCAGCAGCAGUUUGGAUGGACUUUCCGGCAUUCGCCAAGGGAAUGUCUAUAGCAGCUGGAGGAGCCAAGAGGGGGAGAAACCAGAGAGGAGGAUCCAUGGUGCUAGAGACUCCUAGAGUUCUAAACCAAGACAAGGCAGUACUUGUCCCUGAGAAAAAAAGAGCUUUUCUUGCAUAUGAAGCAGCGAAGCCGUGGGAGGCUGUGUCGCAUUCUUUACCAGAAUGCCAUUCUGAAACAAUUUGCCAUGUGUUGACCCACUCACUUGCAUUGUCUUUCCUUUCGUACUGUCAGAUUGCAUGAGGAAACUACCUGAGAAGAUGUCCCGUGAUUUAGUCAUCCCUGCUCAUCUCUUUGGUUCUCUCUGUGGCCUUCGUACUGCAUGCACAUUGUGCUUUACAAGAAUGUGCUUUGUUCAGAUUCAGAUGUUGCCUUUCAUUCAAGCUGUAUUCCACAACGCAUCUGUUCUCAGGCAUUUUGUUUUUAUUUCUCAUAUCUAAGAUGAUAAUUUAUUGUAAGUUUUGCAAUUUAAUGGUAAUAGUUGAAUUUAUUCUUUGUUCAGCGGUAUUGCAAGGUGAAGGCCUUUAGAGAAUGGCAUAAGACCAGAUUUAUCACACCACAAAAACUGUAGCUGUCUGGAUAAUGGAUACAAUAUGCGAAAGCUGGAAUAAAACAUAUCUGAUUCUUAGUUUUUUGCCAGAUCUUGCUUUAAAAUAUUCAGUUGAUUUUUUUUUUUUAUUUUUGGUUAUUCAUUUCUCAGCACAGUUCUUCAGCAGUGGACGUGUUGCUUUGUACUCCAGUAAGGCAGUGUGCGUAGACCACAUAAGAGGAUAGUUUUGCAGCAUUAUAAUUGAUGUCUGUUUGCUCACUUAUUUCUUGAGUCUUUGGCUGAGUCAUGUGUUAAUUCAUUUGCAGAAUCUGAACAGGUAGUAAACAGCUAUUUAGUCUUCUAAUGCAGCUCACCGAGUGGUUUAUGAACCAAGAACGGGAGUCUUUCUCUCACACAGACACAGUAAGUCAGGUCUUCUUGAGCACUGUCCAGGAGAACGGGUCGUUUUCAAGGUAAUCACUUGACCUGAAUGAAACAGUCAAGCUUCUAUCGCAUGGUACAUGAAAAAUUUGGAGGACUUAUGUCUCUCAUUUGAACUGGCCUUAGUGUUGUUUUAGCCGCUUUUCUGCUGCCAGGUGCUUUUACAUAAUCUUUCUCUCUUAGGAUAUGUCUAAUUGUGAAAUGAAGUGUCUCAUAAGCAGUGAUGAUGUCAGACAUAAAUCUUUCGUUGUUCCGUACUGCGAUGCCAUUUUCUCCCCUUUUGGUUUGGUUCACUAGAGCAGCUAUGUUCACAGUGUAAUUACAUGUGCUUCUUAAUGCACAAGCAAAGAUAUUGUAAUUGUUUAGGACUUGUCCAAUGCAUUAUUUAAAGACUGAUGUUAUCCUACAUUUGCUCUAUUGGUCAUGCAUCACCUCUCUUUCAGACCUCAGAUUUAUUUCUUGCUCAAGAGACUAAAAUGUAUACAAUUGCAGAACAAGCGUAAUGGUUCUCAACCCUGCUGUAAGAAAGAAAUGUACACACUUUAUUAAAAUUAGAAUGAUUUGUGUGUUUAUUAAGUACCUAAACCCACAGGAUAAUGGGAUGUGGCCUACGAUUACACAUGUGAAGUUAUGUGUUUCCACUUUUUCAUAAAUGGAAGCAAACUCAGGAAUUAGUGGAAGUUAAUUACACUUCAUAUGAUAAGACCACUUUUCACAAAUCAGUUCACAUUAUGACUGAUGGAUUAGAACCUGUGGUGAAGGUAAUGGUUUAAAUGGAAAGGUGUUUUGUUGGAACAACAAUAAAAAUAAUGGAUUUUAAUAUAAAAUAGCAAAGCACUAAUCAUUUCCGAGGCAGUCCAAUGUUUUUACCUUAUGUUAAUAUUAAUCAAAUGAUUACAUGAAUAAUUUUCUUUUGGUUUUUUUUCUAGCUAAUGGUUCACAGUACACAGUACCUCUUUUAGGCCAUAGUAAACUGUGUUUCAAAUCCAGAAGGGAGAUGUUUUCAUUGUUUGAAAAAGACUUGGAGAUUGGUCAGACCUACAAUGAAUUGCUUUUUUUGUGCUGUGUCCUGGAUUCUCAUUUAUUUUCUGAUUUGAAGAUCUAUGUUUAAAAGAUAGACAAGUAUUUAUUUGAUUUGUAGACCAAGGCCCAC